AUGAACUCCAAGUUAGUCACCACCUUAAUACUUUUGUUCUCUGUGAUUUACCACAGUACAAGCAUUUCCCUUGACCCUUGUGCUUCUAAACCCGAUGACUCACACCUCAACGUCAUUCCCAUCUACGGCAAAUGCUCGCCCUUCAACCCACCCAAGCCAGAUUCAUGGGACAACAGGAUCAUUAACAUGGCCUCCAAAGACCCAGCGCGUGUCAAGUACUUGUCCACCCUCGUGGCCCAAAAGACCGUUUCCUCUGCCCCAAUCGCUUCGGGCCAGGCUUUCAACAUUGGCAACUACGUGGUCAGGGUCAAAAUUGGAACACCAGGUCAACUCUUGUUCAUGGUCCUCGACACCAGCACUGACGAGGCCUUUGUCCCAUGCUCCGGUUGCACCGGUUGCUCCAACACCACUUUCUCGCCCAAAGGCUCCACCAGUUACGGCCCAUUAGACUGUUCCGUUCCGCAGUGCGGUCAGGUCCGCGGGCUUUCGUGCCCGGCCCAAGGAACAGGCGCGUGCUCUUUUAACCAAUCAUACGCUGAUUCCUCCUUCUCCGCAACCCUCGUACAAGAUUCGUUGAGGUUAGCCACUGAUAUAAUCCCCGACUACUCCUUCGGUUGCAUCAACGCCAUCUCCGGUGGGUCCAUCCCAACCCAGGGGCUUUUGGGCUUGGGCCGAGGCCCAUUGUCGUUGCUUUCGCAAUCCGGUACACUCUAUUCGGGUGUCUUCUCUUACUGUCUUCCCAGCUUCAAAUCUUACUACUUUUCCGGGUCGCUUAGACUGGGACCCGUGGGUCAACCCAAGAGCAUUCGGACUACCCCGCUUCUGCGAAACCCGCAUCGUCCUUCUCUGUACUACGUGAACUUCACCGGAAUCAGCGUGGGGUCUGUAUUCGUCCCUGUGCCCAGCGAGUUUCUGGAGUUCAACCCGAACACGGGAUCCGGAACCAUCAUAGAUUCGGGCACGGUUAUAACCCGAUUCGUGGAACCCGUGUAUAACCUAGUCAGGGACGAGUUCAGGAAACAGGUGACAGGGCCAUUCUCGAGGAUAGGAGCAUUUGACACGUGUUUCGUGAAGACGUACGAAGCUUUAGCACCGACAGUUACACUGCACUUCACGGAUUUGGACCUGAAACUACCAUUAGAGAACAGCUUGAUCCAUAGCAGCGCAGGGUCGAUGGCUUGUCUUGCAAUGGCGGCGGCACCCAAUAAUGUGAACACGGCGUUGAACGUGAUUGCAAACUUUCAGCAACAGAACCUUAGGAUUUUGUUUGAUACCGUGAAUAAUCAAGUUGGCAUAGCCCGUGAGCUUUGUAACUAG